GAGUAUUUGACGUUUCUGAACAAUGCGUACUCAUUUACUCAUUUCUUAUUUUUAAUUCUGAUAAAUUAAAAAUAAUUAGGAGAUUCCCAUAAAUUCAAUAGCUCUAAAAUAUUAUUUAGUAAGCAGACAAUAUGGUCGACCCUAUGAGAUUGAGACAGUGGUUGUCAAAGUAUAAAAAUCCCGAUGCUGUGAUUCGUGAUAUUACCACUGUCGUGAGAAAUUAUCAGGGUUUACAGCCACAGCAAGACAAUUACACAUUUUUGGAUGGUACCACAAGGGAACUGGUGAAUUUAACAGGGACCAUCCCGAUAAAUUACAGGGGAGUGGUGUAUAAUAUUCCUGUUUCGAUCUGGCUUAUCGAUACACAUCCUAAUAACGCACCCAUUUGUUAUGUAAAACCUACUCCAGACAUGUCAGUUAAAGUUUCCAUGUUUGUAGAUCAAAACGGAAAGAUAUACUUACCCUAUCUACAUGAUUGGGUGCCUGGUUCCUCAGAUUUAAUUGGACUUAUACAAGUCAUGAUUGUUACUUUUAGUGAGCAACCACCAGUUUUUGCUAAAUCUAAAAGCGAUAACUUGCCAUAUCCUCCAAACCCUUAUGCAGCAAAACCAACAGGAUUUGGUGUUCCUCCUAGUGCAAAUACUCCAUACCCUCCGAGCAGUGGAUUUACUGGGGGAUAUCCUCCCCCAUAUCCGACCAAUUCAUUUCCUAGCUUUCCACCAUAUCCUAAUAAUUCAUUUACCCCAUAUCCCCCAUCAGGACAAUUUGGUUCACCAACACCAGCUGUAGGUACUGGUACUAUAAAGGAUGAGCAUAUUCGUGAGUCUUUAAAAACGGCCAUAGAAGAGAAACUUUUAAGGAAAAUGAAAGAGCAAUUUAUGCAGACACAGGCUGAAAUACAAACAUUGAAAAAAACACAGGAAGAGUUAAAACAAGGGAAAACAAAACUGGAUUCUAUGCUAGUUAGACUAGAAAGGGAACAAAAAGAUUUAGAGAAAAACAUCACUGUAUUAAAGGACAAAGAACAAGAAUUAGGUACAGCUAUUGAAAGGAUUGGUAAUCAAGAAUCUAUAGAUGUUGAUGAUGCCGUCACAACUACUGCACCUUUAUAUAAACAGUUGCUCAAUGCAUAUGCCGAAGAAGCGGCACUAGAAGAUGCCAUUUAUUAUAUGGGAGAGGCUCUAAGACGUGGAGUUAUCGACUUAGAUGUAUUUCUAAGACAGGUAAGGACACUGUCAAGAAAACAAUUCAUGUUGAGAGCCUUGAUGCAAAAAUGUCGUCAAAAAGCUGGUUUAAUUGUUUAAUUUUUAAAUAAGCUUGAUGUCACAAACUAAAAAUAUUUUUUAUAUAUUAGUGCCUAAUUUUAUGUUACACAGAUGCCUGUAAAUAUUUUUUUUAAUCAGAUAAUCUUAAAAAUAUAAUUUGUAUAUUCUAGUAUAGACUUAACACAGUACUGGAUAUAUUAUGUAUCUACUGUUCCCACAUAUAGAGAUUUAGUUUAAAGACUUAUAUAAAAUCUUUUUAUAAUGUUAUCAUUGUUUUAUAUAUAAGAAAAUUAUUUUUAAAUUAUAGAAUGUUAUAUAGGUCUUAAAUUUAAUAUAUAGUUAUGCUGUAAAUGCAAAA